CCGCCAUUCGCGUCGUCAAAUUUUCUUUCUUCUGAAGAGCCAACAUAGCGACUUGCGUACAUCGUCCUUGGUCGACGCUCUCCGAUAGCAAACGAGAGCAGCCCCAUUCAACGGUAUUCUUAGGAGCAAGUCUCCAAGCUACAUCACCCUGUCCCUUUCAGCACCUUGUCAGCGGAGGGUGGACAGCGGCGCUGCCUGCGACGGAGGAGGAGGAGGAGAUCGAGUUGCGGCGCUUCAUUGCGCAGACACGAGCAAGGUGACGGAGGACGAUGGAGGAGCAGCUCGUCCAAGCAGUGGAGAUUGCUUCCAAUCCCGCUUUGGCCGCCAGCCAUGGUCAGCAGGACUUGCCCGCGCAGGCCAUUGCCUACCUAGAUCAACUCAAGGCCAACAGUCAGGAGGCUUGGUUGCCCGCAUGGAAUGUUUUUUCCUCCCGAUCGGGUGAUGGUUCAGCCCCUCGCUACGGCCACAACCAACGGCUAUUCUCCCUCAACAUCAUCGAUGAGUUUCUCGAGAAUAAGGUGACCCAGGCUAGCGAUCCAGCAGGCGCAGUCGCUUUCCUUUCGGAAGCCGCAUUGAAGCAUGUCAGUGACGAGUACGUUGCAGGGACGGGCGAGCAAGGCACAGCUUUUUUGCGAAACAAAUUCUCCCAGACCUUGACGAAUCUACUGCUCCAGAGCUACGGCCUACCACCACCAUUCACGCUUUUGCCUAGUUUGCUGGCCUGUAUGCGUGCUCAUGCCUCGCCUUCGCCUUCCGAUGCUUCCCUCAACCCAUGCUCGACCGAUCUUGUUCUGCGGCUACUCCACGAUGUCUCCAUCGAGCUCGGAUCUGACAUCACGCUGCGUGUCAUCCGAUCAAGAGAACGACUGAGCCGUGAUGCCGCCAUUCGUGAUGAGAUUCGGCAGUCACAAGCGAGUCACAUUGCCGAGACGCUUUGGAAGGUGGUGCAAGAGGGGAUGCAAAAGAUUCAGGAAGGCCAAUCAGCCACGGCGUCCUCGGCUCAGGGAUGGACCCAAAGGAGAGCAGUCGAAAUGACGGCAGCAGCAACCAAGGUCAUUGGAGACUAUGUUUCCUGGAUCGACAUUGGUCUGGUCGUCACACCAGAAACCGUUCCGAUCCUCUUCACGCUUCUGCAGCACACUGAGAGCUCCCUAAGGGUUGCGGCCGCCGAAACACUUUUGGAAGUCAUCUCCAAGGGAAUGAAGCCCGCUGACAAGGUUGAGUUGCUCCGCGUUCUCAAUCUGACAGCUACCAUCGGCGAGCUGGAGAGGUCGACCAGGCUAGCGAAGGGCGAGGAGACGCAGGACGAUUCGGAAGUCGAAUUCAGGGAGAGGCUCGCCAAGCUGGCCAACGGUGUCGCACACGAGCUGUCGCGAGUCGUCGAUGAGACUGCUGCGGAAGAUGUCACCCGUGCAGCGGCCGACGACAUGCUCAUCGCGCAUAUGAGCUUGAUCCUGGAGCUGCUCAGCGACCGGUACGAUGAGCUCGCUGAAGCUGUGCUUCCCAGCGUCACCACUGUUCUGGUGAUUUACAAGAAACUCAAGCGAAGGGCAAACUCGGGCCAGGGGAAUAACGCAAUAUUCACCAACGAGAAGGCCCUCUUCCUCUCCAGGCUGCUGGACAUUGUGCUAGCCAAGAUGAGGUUCGAUGAUUCAGCAGAGUGGAACGGGGGUGGACCGCAGUCCGCCAACAGUGAUGAAGAGGACAGCGAGGAUGAGGACGUCGCCAAGUUUCUACAACUCCGCAAGGCUCUUCAAACAGUGGCAGCAUCGAUUGCUCAGAUGGACAUGGGUCUAUUCGCCGGGAGGAUUCAGGCUCUAAUUAUCGAAGUCCUGGUUGCUACCGAUGCAUCUCUUGCUGGCAGCGGACCAGCAGUGCCUUGGCAGACGGUCGAGCAUGCCCUCUUCUGCACAUACUUCUUUGGUGAGGUGCUCGCCAAUGCUCAAGCUUCGAUCAAGACCGGCAUGAAUGCGACGUCUUUUGUCCACCUGCCCCCCGAUAUGCCGAAGGCGCAAAAGUCAAAGGUCCACAACAUCAACUUUGUCGAUCUGACUCUCAACCCGCUCGGCGAAACCGUGCUGCGUUUCUACCAGUCGUCGGUAUCGGCUUACCGCCAUGCAGCUGUUCAGAUUCAGUACUUUGAAUGCGCGGUCCGAUACUCGGCCUUCUUUACAGUUCGCCCCGACGCGCUUGGUCCUGUCCUCCAGCCAUUCCUCGACUGGCGAGGCAUCCAUCACGAGCGACCAGUGGUUAGGCAUCGCGUGCAAUAUCUCUUUUCUCGCUUUGUGCGCGAGACUAGAGACUGCAUCACUCCCGACUAUGUGGCUGGCAUUCUCGAGGCGACUCAGGAUGUUCUCGUAGUGGAAGCGCACAUGCCUGCAGCCAAGCCAGACGAAGAUCCGCUCCUCAAUGCGGUGAACUCGCCAAGCGCAUUCGACAGCCAGCUCAAUCUCUUUGAGAUGUGCGGGGUCCUCUUGUCGCUUCUGAACAACCAGCCCGACCGACAGGCUGCCUUGCUAAGGGCCCUCGUUGACCCAUCGCUGCAGAAGAUGAAGCAGGCCGUCGAGGCAUGGUCGAGCAACAAGGACAACCUCGAGCUCGUCUUGGAGACACAUCAUCUGUUCCUGGCCCUCAGCAACCUUGCCAAAGGAUUUCCCGAUCAGUCGUCUGGAAACACAAGUCGACAAGCUCCGCCAUGGAUGCUGGUCUUCAAAGACGUCACAGAGCAGAUCCUCACAAGCCUGACUGCACUCAACCGCUUCCAGAUCAUUCGCGACGCAGCUCGGGGUGCCUUUGCAAGGAUCGUGGCUACAGCUGGCCUAGUCGUCCUGCCCUACAUUCCGAACCUGCUUAACUCCCUCCUCGGCGAGGUUAGCUCACCCGAGCUUUGUGAUUUCCUGUCGUUCUUGGGACUCAUCUCAACGAAGUACAAGACCGAUGUCGCUCCUGUUUUCGAGGAGCUCUUUGGUCCGUUGGUAACACGCAUCUUCUCUUUCCUCAAUCGCGAGGUUUCUGGCACAGAUGACGCCGUUGAACGGAGCGAGCUCACUAAGAGCUACGUGGCUUUUAUCUCUCAGCUCGUCGCCAAUGGCCUUGAAGGCAUUAUCAGAAGCGACCGAAACCCAAAUCAACUCGAAGUCAUCCUCCAGAGCCUCGUCUUCUAUGCCAACAACGGAGAUGUGAGCACCCAGCGCCAAACGCUCAACGUCCUGGUCCGCCUUGUCAACCUCUGGGGCGGCUCUUCGACCCAAAAUGGUGCCGCUCCUAAUGGUCAAGCGCCAUCGAUUGAGCUGCCAGGCUUCGAGCGCUUCAUAUAUGAGACGCUUGUCGGUCUCUUCUUUGAGAUUCCAAGCAAAGCUACAUUUGACUUCAAGGAUGCUCAGACGCAAAUUGCCUUGACGGAGCUGUGCAGUCUCGCCAAGACGAUGUACCAGAAGCGAGGCAACGAGCUGCUCGAGUACCUGACGAACGUCUAUCUGCCCAACAUGCAGUGCCCGCCUGAUGUGGCUCAGGAAUUUGCGCAAAACCUCAAAAGGCUCGACGCCAAGGAGCUCAGAAAGGCAUUGGAGGCAUUCAUCCUUCGCUCUCGGGGCCAGGCUUAGAGGACCCGUCAGCUUGUCGCUCUCUUGCGCAACUUUGUGCCACUAUACCUGCCCACGUACUCAUUACCUCACCUCAUCCUCCUUUUCUGCCCUAUUCAUCACACAUACAGCCUCUAGCUUUUACACACACACACAAUGUCCCGUAGUCAAUCACUUAAUGACACAACAAAUCUAGAUCAAGG